AUGGAAACCCGGGUCUCCGUCAAAUCGAUGCUGGACACCAGAAGAUAUCUGAACUCGGUCAUACUACUCAAGAUGAAGAACAUGGUGAUGGUUAUCAUCUUUGUUGUGUUCCUAUGGGUCUUACCUCUUUCCAACUGGUGCACGGCAGCAGGAAUUGUGGAAUCCUCUAUGCACCGUAUCAAAGUGAUUCACCUGCCUCCGAAGGAUAAGGCAAGGAUAAAGGGUGACACAGCAGAAAUGGUGGAGGAUGAGUUAGAGCGAAUAUUUGUCCGGGUUGUCAUGAGCCAAUGGGCCUCACACUCGAUAUUCUUGCUCAUCCCACGGUACAGUGGUUAUGCCCGAUGGCGAGGUUUGAAGGCAGCCAGUGGGGAAACCCACACAAUCCAUAUAAAGACUGAUACCAUUUUGGUCUUAGAACCUGCCAUACUCAACACAUCCUUACUAUCAUUGGGAUUGCAUUCGGCAUUCAACCCUGGUCCAAAUGCACCUUGA